UCCUGACAUCAUCGUCGACUCUUGUCACAACGCGGAAGUCGCUAAAGUUUUUUUUUGGGGGUACCCUGAAGUCGGGCGGAGGUGGUAGAACCGUAGAAUAGGAUAUAAUGGCUCCGUCUGGGCUCAAGGCGGUGGUCGGGGAAAAGGUCUUGAAUGGUGUAAUUUCCAGUGUAAAGAAGGAUGGAGAUUGGAAGGUUCUGCUUGUUGAUCACACCAGUAUGCGAAUUCUCUCCUCUUGCUGUAAAAUGUCUGACAUGCUGGAUGAAGGCAUCACCAUUGUUGAGGAUGUUAACAAGAGGAGAGAACCAAUUCCCAGUUUGGAAGCCAUUUACCUCAUCACACCCAGUGAGAAGUCUGUCCGUGCUCUUAUAGCUGAUUUCAAGGACUUGAAUUCUCCCAUGUACAAGGCUGCACAUAUAUUCUUCACAGACACUUGUUCUGAAAUGCUGUUUAAUGAAUUGGGGAAAUCCAGGGUUCCAAAGGUGAUUAAAACCCUGAAGGAAAUUAACCUGGCCUUUCUUCCUUAUGAGUCACAGGUUUACUGUCUAGAUGCACCAAAUUCUUUCCACACCCUCUUCAGUCCUUAUGGAACAUCAGAAAAGAACAAGUGCCUGGAGAUGCUUGCCGAACAGAUUGCUACACUGUGUGAGACCCUGAAAGAGUAUCCUGCCGUUAGGUAUCGCAGCGGCUAUGAUGAUAAUGCCACAUUGGCUCACAUGGUGCUAGACCGUUUAAAUGCUUUCAAAGCUGAUAACCCCAGCAUGGGAGAGGGCCCUGACAAGUCCAGAUCUCAGCUGCUGAUUGUAGAUCGUGGAUAUGAUCCAGUUUCUCCACUUUUACAUGAACUUACCUUCCAGGCCAUGACUUACGAUCUCCUUGACAUAAAACAAGACAUAUACCACUAUGAAACAAGUGGAAUUGGUGAUUCUAGAGAGAAGCAAGUUCUUUUGGAUGAAGAUGAUGAUCUUUGGACGGAGCUACGUCACAUGCAUAUUGCUGAUGUGUCUAAGAAAGUAACAGAGCUUCUUAGAUCUUUCUGUGAAAGCAAAAGGAUGACCACAGAUAAGGCCAAUAUCAAAGAUUUGUCCCAAAUACUGAAGAAAAUGCCUCAGUAUCAAAAGGAAUUAAAUAAGUAUUCUACACACCUUCACCUGGCAGAGGAUUGCAUGAAACGGUUCAAAGGAACUGUAGAGAAACUGUGUGCUGUUGAGCAGGACCUUGCAAUGAGUACAGAUGCAGAAGGUGAGAAAUUGAAGGACCCUAUGAAGAUUAUAGUGCCAGUGCUACUGGAUCCCAAUGUCAAACCCUACGACAAAAUCCGUAUUAUCCUACUGUAUAUUUACCUUAAAAACGGUAUAACGGAGGAAAAUUUGGCUAAAUUAAUCCAGCAUGCUAAUAUCCAGAGUGACAGCAACAUUAUUCGAAACCUACAGAACCUGGGAACACACGUAUUAUCUGGGCACUCAUCCACCAUUUCCAGCAAGCCUGAGAGGAAAAUCCGUCCGGAAUCCACCUAUCAGCUGUCACGUUGGGCUCCAGCAGUAAAAGAUGUUAUGGAGGAUGCUAUUGAAGAUAAAUUGGAUAAAAAGCACUGGCCGUUUGUAUCGGAGCCACAUCCUGUAGGAGCUGCUCAGACUGUGGUGAGUGCUCGAUUUGGUCACUGGCACAAAACACGCACUGCUGCAGAGUAUCGUUCUGGGCCGCGGCUUAUUGUGUACAUACUAGGUGGGGUCACAAUGUCUGAGAUGAGAAGUGCCUAUGAGGUGACAAAGGCCACAGACUCCAAAUGGGAGGUUGUAAUUGGAUCCACACACAUCAUAACCCCUGUCAACUUUCUUGAUGGCCUGAAGUCUCUAGAUCAACCAAAAAGUAGUGACUAAAUUACGCUUCACACUCUCUCUUUGCAGAUGUGUUCUCCAUCCAGUCAAACCCUGUCCACUAUGCUUUGUAAGACAACAGUCUUGUACAUAACCAGGGCCAGACAAAACUGCCGACUUGUUAACGUUACCUCGCUGAGGCCUAGUAUAAACCUCCCUAUAUCCAAUCAGGGGAGGCUAACAAACAGCUUUGCUUUUAAGCUAUGUAUUAUAAUAUUUCUUACUGUUUCAGGAAUCCCAUAUGAAGGUGUAAAUAUUUCUGUUCUGUCUGACUUUUUCUAUGGAAUUCCUAAAACUACAAUCCCAUGUGUACCUAUAAUAUCUGUGAAAAGAAACUAGAAUGCUACUGAAUGAACAUGCAUUUGAAUACAUUUUAAAUUCAAAUAGCAUAAGACUAUCUCUAGAAAUGAAGUAAAUACAUAACCCAUGUUAACAAAUUUAGUCUUAGAAAUAUUGUCACCACCGUUUCUGCAGGGAUUAAAGACAAUAGUUUAUUCUAAUAAUUUAUUUCACAUAAUAGGGGAUUCUUUACUGCAAGUUGCUUUAUCAAAUUAAUAUAUCAUAUAUGUCAUAGUAUAUGGAAAGUCCACUCCUUUCAACUUGUUUUACAAAUGUACUUCGUUUGCACCUGAUUUUUUACAAGUCAACUCCAGAUGUGACCUAUACCUAUUGGAUGGCGGAUUAAGUAUAGGCUUGUUCUGGUUUCUUCCUGGGAAAUUUAAUUUUUUUCCGGCUAUAUAUAACUUUUAAUUUUGUAGGAAAUAUAAUUUGAAAGUCACUUAUGGCAAGCUUAAAAUAAUUUAUAACAGCUAUGUAUUGGUAUAAACUAGAAUUUAAGCUCUGUGGAGAUUAGAAUAAUUCCACCCUGUAGGUGACAGUAUCCUUUUAAUAAGGCUCUACAAAUGAUAUAUACAUAAUUGUUGUAACUCUUAAUAAAGUAAAAUCCAUUCCACAACUUUUUCAUUGAUGUUUAAUUAGCAGGUGUGUAAAAAAAAUGCUUAAUAUUUUAUAAAACACUGUAACAAAGAAAACAUUCCCUUUGUAACCAUUUUUUUAAAAUGAUUAAAGUUCGUUUAAUUAAAAAAAAAUGUAUCGACCUUACAAGUUCCAAAUGAAGAAGCAGUUGUACCAUAAAUAAUAUUUAUUCUAAAAAAAACUAA